GCGUAACGUCACGCUCAAUCCUCUUUUCUAGCCAUGUCGUCCAUGAAAUUCCUCAGACAAGCGGCCCGCUCUGCACGGACCUUCUCUACGACGUCUGUUGCUCGUAAAGACCUUGUCCAGGAUAUCUAUGUCAAGGAGCUAAAAGCUUACAAGCCCCCUGCUAUAGCAAAAGACGCACACGUUGGUGUUGUCAAGAAUUUCUCACUGCCCGCCGUUCCAAAACCCCCCACUCUUCCCGUCGACCUCGCUGCCGAGUUGACCGCAUAUGACGCGACUGAGCCCACAAAAGCCGAGGCAGAGGUCACGAGCUCGAGUGUGCAUGCAGGGGAGGAUGUGGGUAAGGGUGCGGAUGCAUUCCUUGGAUUCCUGGAGGCAGACGUGAAGCAGGCAGAGGUUCACCAUUGAGUCGAGGAUACCUCAAUCACUUUCUGAUUAGGAAUGCAUGGCAACUAGAUUUAUCCUGCAAGAAGUGUGCGUUAAGCGAACAGAUCUGGACUCUAUUGUGCAUGCUUUCAAUUUGCAGAAUCUUCUAGUCAAAAUUCACCAAGUAAGGUCUUACCCCGUGUCGAUGAACCUCCCCAAGUGCCUCUCGAUAGUCUCCAAGCAGUAGUUGUUGCAGAGCGUCAUUAUUGUACAGAUAUCGCUUUUGACGAGAAUUAUACAAGAUUAUACUGAC